AGCCGAGCUGUCAAAUGUUUGUUUAUCUCGCUGACGCUCCGCACACGCACGGUUCGUUUAUAUAAUAUUUACCUGCAAAAGAUACGCAAUUUCGCAAUGUUUCGCAUUCCAGCUCUGCGCUUCAUUAACCGUGCGGUGGUGGUGAAUGGACAGGCUGGUCGGUUUAUCGCCACCGGAGCACCGGUCUGCAACUCGACCGACGGUGGCUACCGUCCACCGACACCGAUGAUUGACCUGGAGGACAAAUCGCUCCCCAUUCCCGAGUACAAGCAGAAGAAAAAUGAACCGCUGCAGCUGCAAAAGUCACGCCUACUGUAUCAGUCGCGCAAACGUGGUAUGCUCGAGAACGGCCUGCUGCUCAGCACGUUCGCCGCCAAGUAUCUGGCGGAGAUGAGCCCCGCCCAGACGAAGCUGUACGAUCAGCUGAUCAACCUGCCGUCGAACGACUGGGACAUCUUCUACUGGGCGACGGGCGUGAAGCCGACGCCGAAAGAGUACGACAACGAGGUGAUGAACAUGCUGAAGAAUCACGUCAAGAACAACGACCGCGAACAGCGGUUCAUGCAGCCCGACCUGUACGCCAAAGCGAACUGAAAAGCCUGUUGUCUGUUAAUCAAUAAGAAAGUAUUUAUUUGCCUCCCAAA